AUGGGCGUUCUCCCGUCACCAGAAAGCUCUCCGUCAUUGGAUCCAGAAGACUCCCCACAGCCUAGUCGCAAGCGGCAACGAAGUCAGUCAUUGCAGUCAGACACAUCCACCUCAUCUUUAAAAUGUUGUGUAGCAGAUAGCCCAUCUCAUGAUCCUGCAGUUCGAAGUCCUCGCUCCGAUCAGAUGUCCAGUCUGACUCUCGCUGAUUCCAAUCAAGAUAUUGACUCUUACAUGGCUGAGCAAGGCGAGGCAGACAUUCCACCUUUUAUGGCCCUUACGCCGCCCCAAACAACCCAACCGAUGUCUCCGUUAGACCGGGUUUCAUUUGUUGAAAAGGAGUUGAAAAACAGGACGAUGCAAGUGGGAGAAACAUGGUAUUUGGUGGCGAUGGAUUGGUGGAAGCGUUGGAAGGGAGCUUGCACUGGAGAGGUACGCAAAGAUGGCCCAAUCAGUGAGCAGGAUCUCGGUCCAGUGGACAAUGCUAGCCUUUUCUUCCCCGAUGAGACACUUCUUUUUCCUCUUGGAGAAGGGGUUGAAGUUCAGUAUGUACCAGAGAUUGUUUGGACCUCUUUUGUUACCUGGUAUGGGCCACCCCAACAACCUGUUCCUCGUCGGGUUAUCGCUAGAGGAUCGGCCAAAUUACCAUCUUUAGAGCUGUAUCCACUUCAACUCAAAGCAUUCAGGCUAGUUCGUGAGGACCCUCAAGCGGGCUCGAACGAGUCACCAUUCCCGAAACUUGUUAUUUCAGCUGGUGAGACAGUUGGGAAUCUCUGUAGCGAGCUUGUCAAAGCCGUCUCGCCUAACCUUGAAACCCACAUUCCUUAUCGUGUUUGGAAGUUGGAAAACGGUCAUGGCGAAUGGGAAUAUGGCGAAUAUCCUAGCUCGCAACUGACGAUUUCGGGAGGCAAAAUCAUAGAAGAAAGCCACAAGACUUUGGAGGAGGAAGGUAUUCAAGCUGACGACGCCUUUGUUGUUGAGUUUAAGCAGGAUACUUGGAUUGUGGAGCCGCCCAAGUCAGCAGCGAAGUCUCUCGGUCCUCCACCAUUAUUUUCCUCAAAGGAUGGAUUCUUCAACAAGCUGGGGAGGAAAACUCUUGCGUCUUCGACGACGUCAUCGUAUAAAUCCGGCGGCGACUUUUAUAGCGGCCUUUCUUCCAAGUCAUCAGGUUUCCCUCUUUCAACGGGGAAGAGCAUUACAAAAGCACUCGAACCUGGAACAUUAGGACUUGGCAACAUGGGGAAUACUUGUUUCAUGAAUUCCGCUCUCCAAUGCCUAGCUCAUACCAAGGAACUGUCGGAUUAUUUCUUAACUGGCGUUUUCCAAGACGAGCUGAAUCCUGGAAAUCCCCUUGGUAUGGGUGGAGCUAUUGCAGAAGUAUUUGGGGCCCUUUUAGAGCGCAUUUGGGCUACCGAGGGACCGUCCAACUCCUAUUCACCUCGCGAAUUUAAAACACAGUUACAACGGUUCGCACCACAAUUCAGCGGAUACCAGCAACAUGAUUCACAGGAGCUCGUCGCAUUCCUUUUAGACGGGUUACACGAGGAUCUGAACCGUGUUCUCAAGAAGCCCUAUGUAGAAAAGCCCGAUUGGGAAGGUGGAGAUCAUCUAGAACUUGUGCGACUCGCCCAGAAGUCAUGGGAAGGUUAUAUGUUGCGUAACGACAGCGUGAUUGUUGACCUUUUCCAAGGCCAAUACCAGAGUACGCUCGUGUGCCCAGAGUGUCAAAAGGUCUCAAUAACCUUCGACCCAUUCAUGUACCUAACUUUGCCUCUUCCCGUACAAAAGAAAUGGAAGCAUACCAUCUUCUACAUACCUUGGGAUUCAGACAAGGCUCAUGUAAAGAUUCCAGUUGAAAUUAAUCGAGACUCUUCCUUCAAGGACUUACGCAACCUUCUUGGGCGAUGGAUGGGCGUUCCCGCAGAUAACUUGCUUACAAUGGAGAUAUUUAAUCACCGUUUUUACAAGAAUCUCGAUGACACCUUGCUCUGUGGAGACAUGUCCGAAUCCGAUGUCAUCGUCUGCUUCGAACUUCCCUGUCAUGCCCAACAGAGCAGGACUUAUAAGAAGGAUCCCAAAGACCCGUUCAUCGUCCCUGUUUUCCUGUGCGACGCUAAACCUGCUAGUUCAACAUACAUGACUUCGAGUCGAACUCCAACGUUGUUUGGCUACCCAACCGUCGUCGUCAUCGACCGGGAACAAGCUACUAACAUAUUCACGAUGUAUGAUGCUGUGGUUGCGCGGAUGCAACGCUGGACAACCAAUGCGCGAGAUUUGUACAACUGGGAACCUGGCCCCGAAUCCUACAUGGAGGAAGUAUCCAUUACCCUGAACGGCUUUCCGCCUAUAGACGCGCUCACGGAAAUUACGGAAGAUGGUGGCGUCCGUACUGUCGAGUCACUCCCUGAGGAAGGAGACAUUGUGGACGAGAAGGAUAUGGUUGUGGAUGAUGUCUCUGAGAUGGAUGGGUCAGAUGGCGUUCCCCACACAGUGGGAACAAAAAGGGACAUCUUCACUUUUCGGUUGCAGUACAACCAUAAAGAACUUGGAACCGCUUUUAGCACGUACGCGGCAACCACUCGCUGGGAAGCAUGGGAUCGACGCCUCGAUGAUGCUGAGAUUGAACCAGUCCUGCUUCGCGAAGAUGAUGCGUUCUUUUGCGAGUUUGACCAAAAUAUCAAAUCAUACUUCUUCGGCGAAGAGCUCACUCGUUGGGAGCACGCCCGCUGGGAUGAGUGGGAGGAAUUCAUUCAUCCCGAGUAUGAAGAAUCAAAGAGAGCCUCCGCCGAAAAGCGCGAUAAGGGUAUCUCGUUGCAAGAUUGCCUAGACGAAUUUACCAAGGAAGAAAGACUUGGCGAGGAUGAUCUGUGGUAUUGUCCACGCUGCAAGAAGCAUCAACAGGCGACCAAGAAGUUUGACCUCUGGAAGGCACCCGACAUUUUGGUUGUCCAUUUAAAGCGCUUCAGCAAUAGCCGCGCCCUUCGAGACAAGAUUGACGCAUUCAUAGAUUUCCCCAUUGAAGGGCUAGACCUCAGUGAAAUGGUUGGAGAGAGGGCCGUCGCGAAGAAACUGCUUGCUGCUGGCAAUGGGGUUGACGAGCUAGGGCUGGGGAGUCUCGAUGAGCCACUUGUGUAUGACCUCUUUGCGGUUGACGAACAUAUGGGUGGAUUGGGUGGUGGUCAUUACCGAGCAUAUGCAUCCAAUCAUUUGACUGGCAAGUGGUAUCACUUUGAUGAUUCAUAUGUCUCGCCUGCUAGCGCUAUUGAUGCUGUGAAUGCCAAUGCCUACCUUCUCUUCUAUCGUAGGCGAACCGACUCCCCUCUUGGUGGCACCAGCCAUAAACUGGUAUCAGCGGCGCGCGAAAGGCCCAAGGCGGGGAGUAGCCAGGAACCUUCUGUCACAAUUGACACACAACUUCCUACACCUCCCAAUGAAAGCAGCUCGUACUUCGACGGACCCCUCAGGUCUUUGAAUACCCAUGAUCGUUGGAAAAUGCGGUCGGAUGGUUCCAAUCCAGGGUCAUCUGUUCCAUCGCCCCCAGCCGACGACCCUCCCGAUUUUGACGAAUCUCAAUCCGACCCGCUCGUAUCCGAUCAUUCAGAUCCUACGUACCUCUCCACUCAACGUUUUGACUUUCCAGAUCCUUCCCAGAAGGCGUCACCGACAUCUUCGACCGAGGCAGACCCUGAUCGCGACUCGCUUAGAGAGUUGGAUGACGAAGCUUGGGAUUCAUCGAGGCCGUUCUCUUUCCGCGAUAGAUCUUCUGAGGAACGGGACGUUAAACCCGAUGAAUUGAACAUGGACGUGAACGUUUUACCAGAUUAG